AUGUCAGAGCCUCUGGUACCCGACCAAGCAGCGCCUGCCGUGACCCUGCCUGGCUUGGGUUUUCUUGCAGAACUACAAUCUGCUGAAGAAUCGUCUGCUCGAAACCCUUCCACCCAAGAGCAGCCAACCGAAGUCCUCACAACCGAAGCAGCACCUACCGAAAGUCUGGCAGUUGAGGCGGCGCAUCCUGAAGUUCCGCAUUCUGCGGACCUAUCCACCGAUCUAGUGCCUACUGGAGUCCUUCACACCGAAGCACUGCCUUUUGAAGCACCGCCUGCUGAAGUAACACCGUCCGACGUCUACACCACCGAGGUAGCGCCUGAUGGAGUCCUUCAGACCGGUGUAGCGCCAUCUGGCGUCGUUACAGCUGACACACAGCCUGCUCAAGUGCCACCUCCCGAAGCACGACCAAUUCAAGCCCCAACCACUGAGACACCACCUGCUGCAGCAGCGACGACCGAAGAAAAACCUACUGGAACCUUUCCCACUGAAGCUCAGCCUACGGACACACUCUCUGCUGAAAUACCGGCAACAUCUUCCCAAGCGACUGCACUACCUCAGGGUGCGCCCGACAGAGAAUGGGAAACCGACUCUUCGCCCAUCAGUUCGUCUGACUCCGACAGCAGCUCCGAUAGCGACUCCGAUGUUGGAAACACAGCCGAAGUAAUUGAACGAAUCCUACGAGAAGAGAAGGACGAAGAUGGCGAAGCGAACACCAACACUCGCUCAGGCCCAAGCACAGUACACGAACAAGCCGAAGAUGUGCCUCCGAUUCCUGCCAUCUCCAUGACCGACCAGACACCGAUCGUUCCGUUAGGCAACGUCCAGAAUGUCAUCGACAACACUGUGCUCAUUGCAGGCCAUAUGAGCGGCGCCCAAAACGUCCUUGCGCCCGGCUCUGUACUUUGUCUGCAGGAUCGCUCCAUCAUCGGAGUUGUCGCGGAUAUCAUCGGUCGAGUGGAAAGACCCAUGUACACUGUUCGCUUCCGCGAUCGCGAGUCUAUCAGUCAAGCACGCAUCACAGAGCCAGGCACCAGCGUCUUCUUCGUUCAGCCUCACUCCACAUUCGUCAUGACACAGCCCCUACAAGGUCUCAAAGGCAGCGACGCGAGCAAUAUCCACGAUGAGGAGGUCGGCGCUCAGGAGGUGGAGUUCUCGGACGAUGAACAGGAAGCGGCAUACAAACGGGAGAUGAAGCAGAAGCGAGAAUACAAGCGGGAGCAGCAGCGAGGACCACGGCAGGAACAGCAGCGAGAUCCACGCCGGGAAUACCAACGGGGACCGCCCCAGCAAUAUCAGCACCAGAAUAGCUGGGGAAGGCCAUAUGCACCACCUGACCCUACGUACCAGGGCUACCUAGACUAUGGUCGAUGA